UUUCACAGUCGGUUCUCUGACGCGAUUCGGACGUAUCUAUUCGCAAAACUUUUGACACAUACCAGAACCUGCUAGCAGUGAGCUCGAGGUGUCUUAGGAUCUCUCUUUCGACGCACUAUGGAAUCCUUGGCAAUUGACGAAGCUGACUCUACUGAAGCUAAGGUGUCACAGACGGAAACGAAUAACAAUAUAGAAGAUACAUCAUCUAAUUCACCUCCUAACCUCACUCUUCCAAGGGAGAGAUCCAAUUCCGCGGUGGUUGAUUCUAUUGGCUUGAAAAGAUACUUAGCUUCUGCAUCUGUGAUUGAUCGACGUCGGUGCAAAUCUCUAACUGCUACAGAUUACUGUACACUACCAGACAUGAAUUUGUGUAUUCCGGGAACAUCCCGAGAUGAUCAUGCAAUAAAAACAACGAACAAUAAGCGAGAAGAUAAACAAUCCAACGAGAGGGCGAAAUCACCUCUAUCGACAAUCGACGCUAUUGGCACCAUCGAAGAAAAGCCAUUGACAAACAGCCCUCCAAAACUUACUGCUUUCAUGCCAGUUGAAAAGAAUGCAGAGUGCUAUAACAUGAAUCACAAAAAUCGCGGUAAAUGCAUAAUCUUCAAUCAUGAAGAUUUCUCUUUGUCUCCACAAAUGAAACGAGUGGGUUCCGCAAAGGAUGCAGAAAGGUUGCAAAAAACUUUUGGAGACCUCGGAUUUGACGUUGAACUUCACAAUGAUUUUAAAUUUUCCGAAAUACAAGACGUGCUAAAGAGAGUGAGUCAACUCGACCAUACGGAUAAUGACUGCCUCUGUGUCAUUACAUUAACCCAUGGUCUAGAGAAGGGCAUAAUAUGCGCGAACGACGUCAUGUAUACAUCCAACGAGCUUUGGAAGCCUUUUACUGCCGAUAAAUGUUUGACGCUUGCGGGCAAACCUAAGUUGUUUUUUAUUCAAGCUUGUAGAGGCGAUGAAUCCGAUGAUGGUAUUCAACUGGUAGCCAAUCGAUCUUUAAAAAGAACGGAAACUGAUUCAGUUAAUAUAAGUUAUUCUAUUCCGAUUCACGCGGAUUUUAUGUUAGCUCACAGCUCAGUUGAAGGUUUUUAUACCUGGAGGAGUCCCUUUGAAGGAACAUGGUAUAUACAAUGCUUAUGCGACAUCUUAGAUGAAUAUGGAACAACAAUGGAUUUGAUGAAAAUGUUAACUUUAACAGCGCGAAAGGUUGCCACAGAAUUUUCUUCCGUCAAUCUCGAGCAUAGAAUUUUACACAACAAGAGGCAGGUGCCGUCAGUGACGACGAUGCUGAUCAGAUCUGUUUGUUUUCCACCAAAACCGAAGACAUAAUUUUGCAGAGAAAUUAUAAGAAAUUUUCAAAAA